CGAGGAACUCAUUUUGAGUGUGGGUAUUUUAGCACGUAGGACUUAAAAACAGUUACACAUCCGGCGCCACCGGAAGCAGCUUUAAAAUGGCGUCUUCCUCGCUGGAGCGGCCAGAAAAAGCUGCUGGAAAAAGUGAAUUUCGUAACCAGAAGCUGAAGCCGGAUAACCAAGAUGAAUCAGAACUCCUUACUGUUCCUGAUGGUUGGAAGGAACCAGCUUUUUCCAAAGAGGACAAUCCCAGAGGACUCUUGGAGGAGAGCAGUUUUGCAACUUUGUUCCCCAAAUACAGAGAAGCUUACUUGAAAGAGUGUUGGCCAUUGGUGCAGAAAGCCUUAAUUGAACAUCAUGUUAAUGCAACCCUGGACCUGAUUGAGGGCAGUAUGACUGUUUGUACUACAAAGAAGACUUUUGAUCCAUAUAUCAUCAUCAGGGCCAGAGAUCUGAUAAGACUGUUAGCAAGGAGUGUUUCAUUUGAACAGGCAGUACGAAUUCUUCAGGAUGAUGUUGCAUGUGACAUCAUUAAAAUAGGUUCUUUAGUAAGGAAUAAAGAAAGAUUUGUAAAACGAAGACAACGGCUUAUUGGUCCCAAAGGAUCUACAUUGAAGGCAUUGGAACUCUUAACUAAUUGUUAUAUUAUGGUUCAGGGAAACACAGUUUCAGCCAUUGGACCUUUUAGUGGCUUAAAAGAGGUUAGAAAAGUAGUCCUAGAUACUAUGAAGAAUAUUCAUCCAAUUUAUAACAUUAAAAGCUUAAUGAUUAAAAGAGAGCUGGCAAAAGAUUCUGAAUUACGAUCACAAAGUUGGGAGAGAUUUUUGCCACAGUUCAAACAUAAAAAUGUGAAUAAACGCAAGGAACCAAAGAAGAAAACUGUUAAGAAAGAAUAUACGCCAUUCCCACCACCACAGCCAGAAAGUCAGAUUGAUAAAGAAUUGGCUAGUGGUGAAUACUUUUUGAAGGCGAAUCAGAAGAAGCGGCAGAAAAUGGAAGCAAUAAAGGCUAAACAAGCAGAGGCCAUCAGUAAGAGACAAGAGGAAAGAAACAAAGCAUUUAUUCCACCUAAAGAAAAACCAGUUGUGAAACCUAAAAAAGCUUCUACUGAAACUAAAAUUGAUGUGGCCAGCAUCAAGGAAAAGGUUAAGAAAGCAAAGAAUAAGAAACUGGGAGCUCUUACUGCUGAAGAAAUUGCACUUAAGAUGAAAGCAGGUGAAAAGAAAAGAAAAAAAAAGUAACAUACACAAAAUUCCUUGACUAGAACUAUCUCCUUUUGUAAAGGAUUUUGAGAUACCAGGCAUUAAUUAGUUGCCUUAUUUGUGAGAAAUUUUCUGAGGUUUUGUGUGUGUGUGGUUGUUCAUAGAACAGUGUUCUUUAUAAAUUAUUGUAUUUUUUUUGAAAAUUUUAUACUAUAACGUGGUAUGUAUGUCUUUGUAUAUAUUGUGACCAUUGUGAUUAUCCAUUAAAUCCAGUGACUGAUGCCAUUGAUCAGAUAUAAUGAUAUCUCAGUAUUUGGUGCUCCCUCUCUAAUGAUAACAAGUAAAUAUUUAGGUUUAUCUCUUUUGAAAUUUUGAUCAAUCCUUUAAACAAUCUGCAAGCAGAAAAUUAAGGCCUCUGAAAUCAGAUCCCCUAGUUACUCCUGUUUUCUCAACCUGGGGAAGUGGUAAAUUGCAAGAAGACAGGGAAAACCAGAUAUUUAGAGUCAAAGCAGCAUGUAAACAGUAAUAAUAAUGUUUUUAACUAAUGAAGGAUACUGGAAUUACUAAGAAUCACCUAAAAAAGUGCUACUGUACCUUGCUCAUUUUGCAGAUUUGGAAGCCGAAACACAGUUUAGGUACUUACUGGAAGUCCACAUGUGGCAGCCUGCAAACAGUGCUUAUUUAUAGAAAAGUGAGAGGUGAACAUGAGUGUAUCUGAUAGAGUUAGGAAGUUUCUUCUUUCGAGUAAGAGUAAUACUGCAACAUACUUUUUUUUCUGAAAUGUUUAAAAAUAGAAAUACACCUAAUUGUUAUUGGUUAAAAAAAGCCAUAUGAAGGUUGGUUUUUUUUUUUUUUUUUUAACCUAGAUCACAUUAGUCCAAAAGAACUAAAUUAGGAUACUUGUACUGUAUCAAAAUGGUAAUUAUAACCGACAGCAACAGAAUUACUGAAUUAACAAUGAGAAAGAGAGAAGUGUAUCUAUUACGUGGAUAUAUGGGCCAGCCUGGAUACACAACAGAGUAGUAACCUGUGGAAAAAACAUAGAAUAUCGUCUUAGACACUGUUCCUCAUAAUGCACUGAUAGAAUUCACAUAGGUCUUUAUAAACAAGAUUGAUGUACAUACGUUUGACUUUGUCUCGCUGUUGGUUAACUGUAAGGUUAGGGAGAAGAAAAAAAAAGGGUAGGUAUAGGUGAGGGUUUAUUUUAAAAAGCUAAGUCUUUAAUUAUAACCAUUAAUUUGCAACCAACUUGGUAUUUUUAAGUUGAUUUUUUAUAUAAAAUUUUAUAAAAAGGAAACUAUACCAUUACUAUAAAUGGAAUAUCAUUUUAUACAUCAUAACCGGCAGGUAAUAAAAUUUAAAAAAUAUUAGAAAUCGUGAGAAAUUUAUUAAAAUAUAUUUCUAAAACUAAGUUCCUUCUUGAGAAGAAUGAUACUGUUUAUGGUGAGUCCACAGUGAAGACAAUAACAUCUCGCUCAUCCAGUCUAGUAUAUCAUGAAAUCAUCGUUAUGAUGUUUGGCUAUCAAAAGUUAUUAGUUACACCCCUCCUUUCACUCAGCUUUAUUCAGAUUAUGACAUUCAGAGCACUGGGAAGAAAUAAAUUCCACAACUGCCUUUAGCCUUCUGGAUAUUUUCUUUUAUGAAAUAGAAACCUUUUCCACACCAGUUCUGCAGCAGUCACUGUUCUACUUGUGGUAGGAGCCAUCAAGAAUCUGGUCCUCUGGGGACUUGUGAGCCUUCCUGGUCUUUAUACCUGGGAGUGGCUUUGUCUGUGGUGAAUUACUGUAAAGAUGCUACCCUCAUUUUCUUGGCAGUUAUGUCCAUGAAAUCAAGAGUGUGGUGUUCUACUUAUUUUUUCUUAUAUUUUCAAAUGUUCAAUAUUCAACUGUUGAAACAAAUGUGCAUCUGUGCACUAGCUAAAAUCAUCUUAGGUACCACAAGCAUGCCCAGCACAUUUUGUAAAGCAGUCCUGAUUUGGCCUCCAGGGGUAUUUAUUGAACUACCAGCAGUAUGUAGGAGACCACAAAGGAAUUUUUGUUCCUGUGCUUGCCAUAAUUUGUCAGAAGUGGAAUCUGUUAAAUAAAAGCUUUUAUCCUCUAAACUUUACCUUCAUCAGAACUUACAAAAGGUGAAAUGGUUAUUCGUAAGUUUUUUUAGUCACAAGUCUUAUUAAAUAUUAUUGCUGAGUAGAAUAACUUUCAAAUAAGUCUACACUUACAUGAAAACAAAUUACAUAAAUCUAGCUUUGGCUUGGUGCGUUGGCUCACGCCUGUAAUCCCAGCACUUUUGAGAGGCUGAGGCAGGCAGAUCACAAGGUCAGAAGUUCGAGACCAGCCUAGCCAAUAUGGUAAAACCCUGUUGUCUUUACUAAAAAUACAAAAAUUAGCUGGGUGUGGUGGCAUGCACCUGUAGUCCCAGUUAUUUGGGAGGCUGAGGCAGGAGAAUCAAUUGAACCCGGGAGCAGAGGUUGCAGUGAGCCGAGAUCAUACCACUGUACUCCAGCCUGAGCAACAGAGCGAAACUCUGUCUCAAAAAAAAAAAAUCUAGCUUUGAGAAUGGAAAAUUAGUGACAAGAUCAAUCUGUAGGAUGCUGAGCUCUUACCCGAAGUAAAUGGGUAAUGAGUUUCACAUCUUACAAAUACCAUGCAAGUUAGCAUGUGUUUUCUGAAGAGUCCAAGGGUUUUCAUUACUGGACUACAGCUUUAAUCUUCUACAUGUUAUUCUGCAAGAUUAGAGAUCAUCUCAAAUUAGACUGCCAAAGAUAAAAGCUAAAACCAGCGUUAUUUUUCUCACUGUGGUAGUGGUGGUGGUAGUAGUAUUAAUAAUUACAUAGAUUUUUAAAGGGAAAGUUAAUUUUUUCAUUGGAUUGUUUUGUUGAAAAAAUGGCAGAAACUUGCCCAGUCACAAGUUUCUGGAACUGGAAAUUGCACUGAAACGGCAUACUGGUUUUAAAACCCAUGGUUUUAACCCUUAUGUAUACUGCUUAACUUGGAAGAAAUAUGUAUGUUUUUAAGAGCUACAGCACUGUAAAAGAAAGAAUUCAGUGAAUAUGUUGAUACCUUGAUAUUAGCUGCACUGUGGCUACGUGUUACAUUGAGUUUUCUUCACAAGAGUGCUAUGAUUGGGAGGCCGAGGCGGGUGGAUCACGAGGUCAAGAGAUCGAGACCAUCCUGGUCAACACGGUGAAACCCCAUCUCUACUAAAAAUACAAAAAAUUAGCUGGGCAUGGUGGCGCGUGCCUGUAAUCCCAGCUACUCAGGAGGCUGAGGCAGGAGAAUUGCCUGAACCUAGAAGGCGGAGGUUGCGGUGAGCCGAAAUCGUGCCAUUGCACUCCAGCCUGGGUAACAAGAGCAAAACUCCGUCUCCAAAAAAAAAAAAAAAAAAAGAGUGCUAUGAGUGAAAUAAAGCAUAAUUGGACUGAGAGAUAAAUGGCUCAAAAAACUUUGAAAAAGUCUAUCAUACAAAAAGAAAAGUAUUCAACAUUAAAUGGGAAAGAGGAGAACAAGCAGUUUAAUAUGUAGAAUUUUAAUUAUAGGACUGGAAAGGACCUUAGAAAACAUGUGAGCAAUGGAACACUUUUUUUCCAAACAAAAUUUGAUGCAGUGAAACUUGGCCCACUCUGUCCUUCCUCAAUUCUAAGCACCCUACUCUAGCCCAGCUGCUCUGAGUUGUUACAGAUGUGGACAUAAAAGUACCAUAGGAUUUGCACAGCUGUAGUAGCUUAAUUGAACGUUCCCCUUCACACCAUGGUAAAAAUAAAAACAUACUGGGAUGGAAGAGCUUGUGUCUGGAACAAGAACCAGAAAUAAAAUUUUGGUCAAUUACUAUAUUCCAAAAUCACAAAGCAGAAUUUUGCUUGAAUUUUUAGUAAAACAUCCUUGGAAAUUUAGCUGCAUGCAGCUUCUACACUUUUUCAUUAAAUGCUGUCUGGCUAAUAAAAGUGCCAUGUUGCAGCUUUAUUUAUUCUGUUUUUAUUUCUUUGAGACAGAGGCUCACUGUGUUGCCCAGGCUGGAGUGCAGAGGCACAAUAACUACUCACUGCAACCUCCACCUCCCUGGCUCAAGCAAUUCUCCUCCCUCAGCCUCCUGAGUAGCUGGGAAUACAGGCACCCACCACCACACCCAGCUAAUUUUUAUGUAGUAGAGAUGGGGUUUUACCCAUGUUGGCCAGGUUGGUUUUGAACUCCUGACCUCAAAUGAUUCACCUGCCUUGGCCUCCCAAAGUUCUGGGAUUACAGGCAUGAGCCACUGCACAUGGCCUGUUGCAGCUUUAAUUCGUUUAGUUCUACAGAUGUAGAUUCAAACCCUGAGUGCCUUGGGCAGGUAGGACUACAGAAUGCAGAAUCUGUUUGGAUGACCUGUUAUACUUAUUUUUGAUCUUGCUGAAAUAAGCACAUCUUAGGAACAUUAGUCUGUAGCUUCUAAAUACUUUUUCUUUGUUCGACCAAUUAGAAUUAAAUAAAAAGAAUGUGAUUUUCACAUUUAAGUUUAUCUUAUGCAUAUUCCUAGAACAGUAAGCCAUUGGUUUAAUUGCUACUUGAUGCCAGUUUCCUUGAAGACAGUCCUUAGGAUAAAACAAAUGGUUUCAUUUUUAAUUCUGUAGAAAGUUACAAGUUACUAUUACGUUUUUCUAUUGGUAGACUGUUCCUUUUACUCACCACAGAGAUUGUCCAAACACUUGUCAUUAUUGGGGCAGGCACUGCAGGUGGCUCCUUUCUUAUAUGGCCAAGUUGGGUAAUUGCCUCUGUAAGGAGGAGGAUGUCCAUUAGGAGUUCUUAGGUUUUUUAAUAUUGCAAUUUACUAUGAAUCCUUAACUAAAUCCAGAAGAAUAGUAGAAUGAAGUACAAAGGUCCAGAGAGUUGGUAAUAGAAGUAAAGACAGGAAGGCAGAAAUGGAAGACUGCUAAUAUUUGCAGAAUUCAUUCUGUGUACCCAUGUCUACAAACCUGUUUUAAUCUGCAUUCCAUUUAACUGUGACAACUCUGGGUGGAAGUUAUUGUUUGUUUUACAGAUAAGGAGACAAAAGAUGUAAGAAAUUAGUAACUUGCCUUUAAUCACAGUUUAUACAUUUCAGAGUCAGAGGAAACCUAGAUUUCACUCCAGAGCUGUGCUCCCUCCAAUUUACCUACCCUCUAGCAUAUAUGAUUACUGCCAUUCAAAAAACCGUCCAUCUUAGAAAAGCUAUGGUGACCCACAUUCAAUUUUGUCAGUUGGUCAAUCCUCCCCAGUUUUCACUGGAUAGGAGCCAUUUGGCUGGAGUAAGUACCUUCCAAAAAAAAAAUAAUAAAUAAUGGCAUGGGAGAAUUUCUAAAGCGAAAAUUGUUUUCACAUACAAGAUGUGAUAUGACUAAUAGCUACUAAUUAGUGAGUAGUCACCAUGUGCUUGUCUUUGUUCUAAACACCCUUGAAUGAAACAGUCUCCACAAAAACCCUAUGAAGAAGUUAGUAUUGUCUAUUUAUCCCCACUAUAUAGCUAGAAGCUGAGGCACAGAGUAUAAGUAAUUGACCAAGGUCACAGACUAGAAGUGAAAUAAUACCCAAGCACUUUAAAUCCCCAUAAAUAUCCUCAUAGUAGUAAGUCAUCAGGCUGCACAUUUAUCUCAAUGAACUUGCCGUUGCACAAAUCUUUUUUUGGAAUCCUGCUUUUGGAAAAACUUCUAAACUUUUUUAUGUAACUGUACCCUUUGCAGCCUGGUGAAGCCUAUGGGCUCUUUCUCAACAUAGUUUGUUAUUAAAUGCGUAAAAUACAUAGGAUUAUAAAGGAAACCAAUUAAAUUGAAAUAGUUACCAAACUGUUUAAAACUAGAUUUGUGUUACAAUAAUAUGUGUUUUCUUAUUAAGGUCUAGAAAGGUGCUAUUAAGUUCUAAAGUAGUGAUGAACAUAAACUAUAUUUUGAGAUCUCUGCAGCAACUGGAAUAUGUUGUGAAAAUAUCUGAUAUUUACAAAGAUGAUACUGCUAACUCAAAAAGUCACAUUUAUUGCUAAUAUGAUGGUGGAGUGUUGCCUUCAUUCAUAAUGAAAGGAAAUGUUAUUUUUAAUAGAGGUUAAUGAAAAGAAAGAUAAAACAUUUUUUCUAAUCAAAGUUUAUAGUCCUCCUCUCCCCAGUACUCUACAAUUACCUCCAAAGUUGAGAACUCUCACCUUAGACAUACAACUUUAUAAUGACACCUUAUUUCCAACCCCAAAUAUAUGUUUUUAUCUCAUUUUGCUCCAGAUUUUAAGUUGCUUCAGAAAUUUGUCUUGUGCUUACUCUACACCAUGGGAAAAAAGGUAAUAUAGCAGAAAUUCUGAUAGCAAUUACAAAAUAUGUCCAAAACAGUCAUUAAUCAUUGGAAUGUCUUUCAUUGUUAAUAAGCACAGUACUUAUUAAGUGGUUUAAGUUCUAGAAUGGUUUUAUUAAAUCAUUUAUGAUGCUUAGUUGUGCAUUCCAAACUAUAAAGGAAAGGAUAAAAAACGCUACUUAAAAAUAAGCUAAAAACCAAGACAUUGUGAGGUCUAUGGAAAUGAUUGAAUUCAUCUUGGGAGAAACAUGCUGCUGGCAAGGCUUGGAUUUGUCUAGAAGGUAGUCAUUAAGACAGUGGGACCUGAAGUAUUCAGCCCAAUAAAGUGGCAAGACAUUGCAAUGAUUUCCCGGGUAGCUUGAGAGAAGAGGGUUGGUUGUGGGACCCUGGAGAAGACAGAAAACAGAUUUUUGAAGAAAAAGAUAAGGUCCGGUUGCAGUGGCUCACACCUGUAAUCCCAGCACUUUGGGAGGCCACAGCGGGUAAAUCAUGAGGUCAGAAGUUCGAGACCACCCUGGCCAACAUGGUGAAAUGCUGUCUCUACUAAAAUUACAAAAUUUAGCAAGGCAUGGUGGUAGGUGCCUGUAGUCCCAACUACAGCUACUCAGGAGGCUAAGGUAGGAGAAUCACUUGAACCUGGGAGGCAGCGGUUGCAGUCGGCCAAACCACGCCACUGACUCCAGCCUGGGUGACAGAGCGAGACUCUAUCUCAAAAAAAAAAAAAAGAAAAAAGAAAAAUAUAAAUAUGAGUAAGGGUCCCUAAGGCAGUGAUGGCCUAAGCACACUGGUACUAUCUUGAGGUCAAAGUUUUUUCCUCUUUUGUGCUGUAAUCCUCUCCUCCGCUAAUUCACUCUGAGUAAAGAUCUGUUACACACCAUACCCUUCCUUGUUCAGUGGUGCCCAGGGGAAAUGAAGAGUGUGUUACAGGCAACUGGAGGAUUAAGCAUCCCAGACCCCAUUCUGAGGUGUCCUCAGAAAUACUGGGGAGGAUACUGGACUUCUUAAGGUUAUGUAAAAUGGGGGCCUUUUACUUUUUACAAAGUAUCUAGAAAGAAAAUAACACCUCAGAAGGCAGAGGGAAAUGAGGACAAUCCUAAGUGGUCGCUUGUAUUUUACCUUUUAUGCUCCUCUAAUCCAUUUUCCACCCUGACCUCUAAAUUUAAAGGUCUCAUGACUCCCCUGCCUAAUAUACCUGGAUGGCUUCUUAUGUAAACUUUGCCAUGAUCUAAAAGUUCCUGCUAGAUUGGCACUGCCUUCCUCCCCACCAUUUCAUCUGUUCAGUGGAUGCAGGGCACCGGUCUCUGUGGUUUAAACUUGCCAAACUUUUCUUCAGUCUUGCUGUUCUUUUCUCUACCAGACAGCUGUUCCAGAAGUUCUUAUGUCUGAUUCCUUCUUAUUCUUCAUGCCUAAGCUUAAAUAUGUCACAGGAAGCUCUUCCCUGAUUAUUUUAAAUAGGGGCUUUGCCUAUUGAUAGUUUCUAUUACAGUAUUAUUUAUAUUUUCAUAAUUGCCCCUAUAAUGAUGCAGUUAUUUUACUUGUACUUUUAUUAUCUGUUUGCCCCAUAAAUAUUACUCUCAUAAAUGCAGAGACUGCCUUGUUCUCCUUUGGAGCUUAGUAAACAAAUAUUUGUUGAAUAAAUGAAUAUUUGAAGUUAAUCUUUAUGGAAGCAUUUUAACUUUGGUUAUAAGAUUUACAAUUUAAUAUUGUUUAUAACUGAGGAUAAGUGAGUCUAAAGCAGGAAAAUUUACAUUUGCACUUUAAUAUAGUGAAUAAAAAUCAUGAAUACUUAUAAAAUAUUCACCAUUGCCAGGCAUUAUAUAUAAUAUACCUGGUAUUUUUUUUUUGAGAUGGAGUUUCACUCUUGUUACCCAGGCUGGAGUGCAAUGGCAUGAUCUCAGCUCACCGCAACCUCUGCCUCCUGGGUUCAGGCAAUUCUCCUGCCUCAGCCUCCUGAGUAGCUGGGAUUACAGGCACGCGCCACCGUGCCCAGCUAAUGUUUUUGUAUUUUUAAUAGAGAUGGCGUUUCACCAUUUGACCAAGAUGGUCUCGAUCUCUUGACCUUGUGAUCCACCCGCCUCGGCCUCCCAAAGUGCUGGGAUUACAGGCUUGAGCCACCGCGCCCGGCCUAUACCUGGUAUUUUACAAAGCUUUCUCUUGUAACUUUCAUAGCUACUCUAAGUGGUAGGUGCUGUUAUCCUGGUCUAUUGGAGAUUAAAUUGAGAUUUGGAGUUAACUAAUUUGUCCAGGGUCACAGAGUAAAUUAACUGUAUCUUAACCAUUAAAAAUGUCAUAUGAGGUCAGGUGUGGUAGCUCAUGCCUAUAAUCCCAGCACUCUGGGAGGCUGAGGCAGGUGAAUCACUUGAGCCCAGGAGUUGGACACCAGCCUGGGCAAUGUGGCAAAACCCUGUCUCUACAAAAUAUUAGCUGGGCAUAAUUGCCCAGUGUGUGCCUGUAAUCUCAGUUACUAGGAAGGCUGAGUUGGGAGGAUCACUUGAGCCUGGGAGAUAAAGGCUGUAGUGAAUCAUAAGCUAGCCACUGUACUCUAGCCUGAGUGACAGAACUAGAGACCCUGUCAAAAAAAAACCAACAACAACAAAAAAAACAUAAAAAGUUACCACUGACUGAAUCAUGGCUUUGUCUACUUUUUUUCUGGGUUUUCUUUAUUUUCCAACUCUAGGAUAUUAAGUCAAAGCUGUCAUCUUCUGAAUGAUACUUGGUUUGUCUUUUCCUUCAAAUACCUACAACACUCAAUCAGAAUAUAUAGCAUGUCUUCUGCACGUUACGUCAGGGAGAGAUGAGUUUCAGCCAAUAUCCAGGAAUCCAAAUAAAAUUCAAAAGCAGCAAAUUAAAGAUCAUCAUAUAUAUUGCAUAGGGUUAAAAAGCUUUAAAAUGUAAACAAGUAUUACAAAUAAGAAAAUCAUUCUAGAAAAAUGGGCAGCCCCCAUGAUUCACACAAAAAGGAAUAUAAAUACGUGAAGAAAUGUACAAUUACUAGUAAUCACAGAGAUGCAAAACAAAUGAAAUGCCAUUUCCAUCAAAUUAGAAAAUGCUAAGAAAUUAUAAUACCUAAAUACAAAUUGAUGUAAUGGCGCAAUGUAAUUUAGCAAUAUGUAUUUAAAAAUAAAACAAAAAUGGUCAUACUCUUUACAGGCUAGUAUUAUCUCAAGGAAUUGUAGGGAAAUAGAAGUGACUGCAGAUAUAUACACAAGGUUGUUCAUCAUGUAUUAAAAGAAAAUAUAGUGAACAAUCAAUUCUUCAAUAGGAUAAACUGUUGUGCUACCAUCAAGAGCAUGGACUCUGGAGCCAGACAGCCAGAUCAAAGUCCAGCAAUGAUAUUCACUAACUGUAGGACUUUGGGUAGGUUACUCACCCUGUACAUGGCUUGCUGUUCUCAUUUGCCACACAGGGGCAGUAACAGGACCCCUCACGUAAGCUUUUAAUGAAGAUUAAGUUAAUAUAUGUGAAGCACUUUAACAGUGCUAUGUUCAUUGUAAGCAUUAUAUAAACAAUUUAUCAUUGCUUUUAUGAUUAAUAUCACUUAAAAUUUUGAUAAGGGGAAGAAUGUUCAUAGCACAGUUUUAAGUGAAAAAUAGAAAAUGUGUAUUUUCAGUAUGAUCAGUUUUCUAAACAUGGGUAUGAUCCAUGCACACAUAUGUAAGUUGAAAGAAAGGAGAAGGAAGGUGUUUUCCCUGUUCCCAAAGUGGGAAGUGUGUCUGUUUUAAAAACAACUAUCAAAAGUAAAUGAAAUAGGUUAUAUAAGUUGAGGAAUUGUUUUGUUUUGAAAAUUGCAUAAAAUUGCUAAGUUUUUUAUAAACCAAUAAAUAUAAUGAGUUCUUUCA